AUGGAAGGCAGAAGAUGUCUACUUUCAGCAGCAUACACAGACACCAAAUUAUGGGGGGAGAGAGAAAAAGAUCAUCAAAAUCUGGCAUUGAUGGCCGCCUUGAUGGACAGGAUUUAUGACCGAAACUUCCCUGUCAGCUCUCUGACAGUAUCACGGUUUGUUGACAACAUAUCAUCAAGAGAAGAGGUUGAUCAAGCAGAGUACUAUCUUUAUAAAUUUCGCCAUAGCCCAAACUGUUGGUACCUCAGAGACUGGACCGUCCACAGCUGGGUGAGACAGUGUCUCAGAUACGGGGCCAGAGACAAGGCCUUACACACCCUGAAGAACAAGGUGCAAUAUGGAAUGUUCACAGAUGAUUUCACGUUUAACCUGCUGAUAGAUUCCUUCAUUAAAGAUGAAGAUUCUGUAGGUGCCUGUUCUGUCGUGGAAGAGGUGAUGCUUCAGGAGUCUUUUGAUCUCCCAUCAACACAGAUCCUGUCCAUGUAUGCACUGAACAGUUACCUAGCAACCAAACCAGAGCUCAGUGUCUCAGAGCAGAGGUCUCUGGGAGCAGCACUGCUGAUAUGUGGUCUGAAGCAGGACAAUUCUACAGGCCUCAGCGCUCAACUGUUGGGUUGUGCUCUGCUAGGUAAGGUGGAGAUGGCGGUUGGGAUCCAUGCUGUGUUCAGGGGCAUGCCUCUGAUGUGGACACCAGGGUAUCUGGGCCGGGCCCUGGCCAUUAUGGAGAGGGUAGCUGCCACUCCUGGAGAUAGGAAACUAUCAAAGGACACCGUUGAUUACCUGGGGGGCCUGCUACAUGACCUCUCCUCUUCCUUGGACUCCAAGUCCUCUUCUGUUGAGGACGAGUUAGGAGGAGAGGAGGAAGGGAAGAAGGAAGAGGAGGAUGAAGAUGAAGACGACCAGGCAGAGAGAGAAAAACUACCGCUCUAUGCCAGCAGGUUCAAGGAGCUGAGUGGGCAGCUCCAGUCUGGGGGUAAGGUGGACCCUAGUCCCCUGCAGCUGCUGGUCUCCAGCCUGGUCCAGCAGGGCCUGGCCUCAGCAGAGGGCCCUGACAUGGAGCAGUACCAGAGGAAGGUACGGGAGUGGGAGGCAGAGAGGCAGCAGCUCAUCAGAAGAGAGAAGGAGAUGAGGGAAAGGGCUGAGGAAGAGAGAGAGGCCCGUCAGGCAGCCAAGGCAGCCGCACAAUAGCGCUGAACACACAGCUGGAUGGUGUUCAUGGUGCAUUCCUUGCAGUGUAUGCCACCACAAAGCAUCAAUACAUAGUACUGGUACUUUUUCAUAACCUGUGGGGUCUCUACAUCGUCUGCAGUGAAACAUACAUGAAAAGUGAGGGUGGUUUUUGACAAGAUGUCAACUCCCCAUGAUAGAAGUUUGUCUGUAUUAAAUUAUCAUGAUCAACAAAUAAUGAUGAUUCUUGACUUGCUUUAUACUCAAAUAUGAACAUAUCAGAGAGCUUAGUUGUAGUUACAUGCAUUGUUACACAUAAGACUCGUAACCUCUAUUUCAUCCUUUCAUUUGUUUUCUUGAGAUUUCUAAGUUUUCUUCGAAAAUAUGUUGUAUUUCCUGUUGUGGACAGCAACUUGAUGUUUUUGGUCUAGCUCCAGUCUCGUAAUUGUUAAGCCUGAUGGCCACUAUGACCUCAUGUAAGCAGAAAAGGAGGAAAGCGGGGGAAAUCAUG